UUGAUGUUAAGGGAAAGAGGAAGCACGCGAUAGCGCGCCUUUUGAGGGCAGCUGUGUGGGUCAAUGGUGUAGCCUGACUAAGCAGGGUAACAUGCCUGAUUGUCUCGUCUCGUACCUUACCUGUAAACUUCACUUGAACUUCACACGGCAGCUACGGUCAGCCGUAUGACGCAGUAUGACGUUUGUAUUUUGUAGUGAACCACUAAUCGCAUUGUCUCGGAGAGAGCUGUAGUUCCCUUUAUUUAUUUGUUAUGUUAAGUCAAUAUUCAAUCCUCAACUGCGCCACGAAAUUCGCACCCAACGCCCACUCUCUCAGCGACUGGAAUCAAGAGAAUAGGUGUCCUCCUCAUGCUCCCUCCGCAGAUCCAGGUGCUCCUGUUCUCGGCGACCUUCUCCGAGAAGUUGUUCAACUACGGCACAAAAUUCGCACCAGACGCCCACUCUCAAAAGCUGCAACACAGCGAAUUGACCGUCAAGGGAAUCUCCCAGAUAUUCAUCGACUGCCCGAACAAUGAGGACUACGGCAUUGACUUGGUACUAGCUGACCAAGAAAUAGACUCGCGAGAGCGCGAACAGCGCAUGACCACCAAUGGCCACAAGGUCUCAGCGCAGCAUCGAACUUUUCGCCGCCACGGACUAGGACGUCUGCGACGAACUUCUCGCCAAUUCCGCAUCGGCGAGAACAAGGUCCUCAUCACCACGAACGUCCUAGCCCGAGGCAUCGAUGUCUCCAGUGUCUCCAUGGUAAUCAACUACGACAUCCCCAUGAAAGGUCGUAGCGACGAUGAGCCGGACCACGAGACCUACCUCCACCGCAUUGGGCGCACCGGUCGCUUCGGGCGCGUCGGUUGCUAG